AUGACGACCCUCUUCACCGUACCGAUCAGCUCUACCGGAGGCUCGAUCGUCUGCACAAACCCUAGCACAGCGAAGGAGCACGAGACCAUCUACGUGCUUACAUUUACUUCACCCCCUGAUAACCGGCUGACACCCACUUUCAUUGAUGCUCUACUGCUCGCACUGGACAUUGUCGAGCACCGCUAUCCCAAAGGCGUUGUAGUUACGACCAGUGGAAUUGCCAAGUUCUACAGCAAUGGACUUGAUCUGGAUAUUGUCGGGAAAACCGAAGGGUUCCUCGAGAACUGGUUGUGGCGCUUGUUCCGACGGCUGUUGACAUACCCCAUGCCAACAGUGUGUUUACUCAAUGGACACGCUUUUGCUGCUGGCUUCAUGUUGGCCAUGUACCAUGACUACCGAAUCAUGAAUCCAGAUCGUGGAUUUGUCUGUAUCAACGAGCUGGAAUUCGGCGUCCCGCUUCAGACGCCCAUGAUGUCUAUCUUCCGCGAGAAGCUGACGCCAGUCACUUUCCGAAGUGUUGUUCUUGAAGCUCAUCGCUUUGGUGGACGCAAUGCGCUCCAGGCUGGUAUUGUUGACGCCGUUGGUGGAGCUGAGGAAGCGCUUUCGCUGAUCCAGACGCGCAAGCUUCAGACUAAGGCCGCCACUGGUAUCUACGGUACCAUGAAAGAGGAGAUGUAUUCUCGGGUCUUGAGCGGGUUGGAUGACCAUGCUGGGAACUUGGAGUGGCGGGAAAAGGUUGAAGAUAAGAACGAAGCUGUCCGGGAAAGAGGGUUGAAGGCUGUACAACAGUUCGAGAAUAAUGGGAAAGCGAAGCUUUGA